AUGGCCGAGCAAGCAUCAGAAGAGGAUAUCCUCCUCGCAAAACGCAUCAUUUCCGCCGCAGAGCGACACGACGUACCUGCCCUUCAGAUCCUUCUGAAGAACGGAUCUGCCAACGUUCAGGACCCUACUGCACAAGUUGCGACCUCACCGUUGCACGCCGCAGUCGCGUCGUGCGGAAAAGCCGAGGAUGGAAAGGAGGCAGAUGACGACGCGAUCAAGACAGUCGAAUUACUCCUGGAGAAUGGCGCGAUAUGGAACGAUCUGAAUAAAGAGGACGAAACGCCCGGGUGCGUGGCGCUCCGGCUGGGACAGAGCAAGAUCUACGAGAUGAUGGUCGAGGCCGGGGUGCGGGCGGAACUCCUCUUCGCGAAGAUGGAAGCGCUUGGCUUGGACGAUGAGGACGAGGAGGAAGAUGACGAAGACGAUGCGACGAGUGGCGACCAGCCGGCCGUCAAGAAACAGAAACUUUCGUCGGAAGACGCCACAGCGGUCGAAGAGGUCGUGGAGGCAGAGGUUCUGGACGACGUCUCGCUAGACAACCGCGCGUACCUGAAGAGCCAGCUGCGGUACAAACCUGGCAUUCUGCUAGAUUCAUCGUCGAACGCCGUCAUGAUGCAGUGGGAACUGGCGAUAAUGCAACGACACGCAGAGACCUUGAUACCCAAGAAGAGACUUAGGGUGAUGAACGUUGGGCAUGGGAUGGGCCUUGUCGACACGGCGAUCCAGACCCACGACCCUGCUGAACAUCAUAUCGUUGAGGCGCAUCCGCAAGUACAAGCCCGGUUGCGCGAGCAGGGAUGGUACGACAAGCCUGGUGUUGUCAUUCACGAAGGCCGAUGGCAGGAUGUGCUGCCAAAGUUGGUGGACGAGGGCGUGCAGCUGGAUGCCAUCUACUAUGAUACUUUUGCGGAAAAUUAUUCGGCGCUGAAGGAGUUCUUUUCGGAGUACGUGGUCCAGCUACUUACUCCAGAAGGCAGGUUCGGCUGGUACAACGGGCUUGGUGCGGAUAGGCAGAUCUGUUACGACGUGUACACUAGGGUCGCCGAGAUCGAUCUUCAUGAAGCUGGGUUUGAGACUACGUGGGAGGAUAUUGAUGUUCCUGCAGAUUUGCAUGGCAGCAAGGCGUGGGAGGGGACGAGACGGCCGUACUGGACAAUUGAUGUUUAUCGGUUGCCUGUGAACACGUUCAGCAAAUGA